CAGAUGGUGAAGUGUGACCCUCGUCACGGCAAGUACAUGGCUUGCUGUCUGCUGUUCCGCGGUGAUGUUGUGCCGAAAGACGUCAACGCUGCUAUUGCAUCCAUCAAGACCAAGCGAACCAUCCAGUUCGUGGAUUGGUGCCCAACUGGGUUUAAAGUGGGUAUCAACUACCAACCACCCACCGUUGUUCCCGGAGGUGACCUGGCUAAGGUUUCGCGUGCCGUAUGCAUGCUCUCCAACACCACUGCUAUCGCUGAAGCCUGGGCACGGUUGGACCACAAGUUUGACCUAAUGUACGCCAAGCGCGCUUUCGUUCACUGGUAUGUGGGUGAGGGAAUGGAGGAAGGAGAGUUUACGGAAGCAAGGGAGGACCUCGCCGCCCUUGAAAAGGAUUACGAGGAGGUUGGGAUGGAUUCUUCUGAGGAGGAGGUUGAUGAGAACGAAUAUUAAAUGAGAUUUUUUAAAGUGAUGGUGAUGUGAGACCAUAGGGGUAAGGCUGUUUGAGAAAGAAGUUGAUUAUAAGAAAGGUUUCAACAAAAAAUGAUGAAUCGAAACACCUUUGCAUCAUUCUUUUUUUUUCUGGUCCUAUCAUUCCACUUCCAUAUUCUCUAUAAACAGUCUCCCUCUUUUUUUUAAGAUUUUUAACUUUUACAAAAAUUUGAACAAUCGACAUUAGUUAUAACGAUGUUAGCAAAGAAUGACUCUAUAUUUAAGGUGUUGCUUACUAAUGAUUGUCAUUAUAUCAAUGAGCUGCGGUUGUCGCUAUUUUCGUGCUUGUUAUGUUCUUUUGGUGCUUACCUGCAAUAAAAUGUUCAACAAAUAUAUAAUAUAUGAGAGAUGAAAAGGUCUUAGUGAACAUAAUCAUCUCAUAUUAAAGGUUACACUUAGAAAUAAAUUGUGUUUCUUUUCUAAAAUUAUGUAGUAGUAUCCUUUCAACGUUUAUUCGUGCGUUAACAUCAAGGGUACGUCUAGGAUCCAAAACCUGCUGUUAACUUGGGUCUUGUAUGAUGGGAAUUUGUAUAUCCAUAGAUGUAUACAUACUGUAAGAUAGGAUAUGCAGCGACGUCUGGCAACUCAGCCAGAGUCUGCCCAUCUCAGUUGGCGCCCGGCUAUCCUCACUGACGGAGAGGAGCCGUGUCUCUGUAUUCCCUGUACCGUAUUUUGUAGCAAUAAGGACCUACUACUACA